AUGGGGCAGCAGCAAGAGGGAUUUGAAGAGGCUCCGUUGUUGUUUCUGGCGAAUAAUAAUUCGAAAACAAAGAAAACGAUGAAGAAGAAGAAGAAGUUGUUGUUGUUCUUCCUUUUUCUUCUACUUUUCGUCCUUGCCUGGCCUGGCGAGUCGAACAUCGUGAAUAGAAGAAGAUUCUCAAUUAGGAAUGAUGAUGAUGAUAUUGACGUUGUUGAGUCGAAUGAAGCAGUGGUGGCGGCGGAUGACAAACGUUGUUCAGAGAUUGGUGUUGGGAUGGUCGAGAAAGGAGGGCACGCCGUUGAUGCCGCCGUUGCCACUGCACUGUGCCUUGGUGUCGUCAGCCCUACGUCAAGCGGAAUUGGUGGCGGUGCUUUUAUGCUCGUCCGAUCAUCAUCAUCAUCAUCGUCGUCAUCGUCAUCUGCAAUCGACAUGAGGGAAACUGCCCCUGCAGCUGCUUCACAGAAUAUGUACGAAAAAAAUUCGGGAGCUAAAUAUGAAGGCGCCCUGUCGAUGGGUGUCCCGGGUGAGCUGGCCGGGCUACACGCUGCCUGGUUGAGAUACGGGCGUCUUCCCUGGGGGGCCCUUUUCCAGCCCGCAAUCCAUCUUGCCAGAAAUGGGUUUGUGGUGGGCCCAUACCUUGGGGCCCGCAUGGCCGGAGUGGAGAAAAAGAUCAUGAGUGAUCCAGGAUUGAGGCAGGUCUACGCACCGAAAGGGAAACUUUUGAAGACUGGUGAAAUCUGCUACAAUGUGGAGCUCGCGAACAGCUUACAGGCUGUGGCUGAACAAGGGCCCAAAACCUUUUACGACGGGCCUCUCGGUCAGAAGCUGGUUGCUGAUGUGAGGAAUGCUGGUGGGAUUUUGAGCAUGGAAGAUUUGAGAAGCUAUAGAGUGAAAGUGGCGGAUGCGGUUGAGGUGAAUGUGAUGGGGCACACGAUACUAGGAAUGCCGCCACCUUCUAGUGGGACAGUCGGGCUCUCGCUUGUUCUGAACGUGCUGCAGAGUUAUGGUAAUCAGGACGCAGUCAAAGGACCACUAGGCCUGCACCGCCUGAUUGAAGCCCUCAAGCACAUGUUCGCCUUGCGAAUGGAUCUCGGUGACCCUGACUUCGUCAACGUCACUAAAACUGUGUCAAACAUGCUCUCCCCUUCCUUCGCAAGGAGCAUUCGAGAAAAGAUACUCGAUAACACCACUUUCCCUCCCGAGUAUUACCUCCCCAGAUGGAUCCAGCUAAGGGACCACGGGACGAGCCAUUUUUGUGUAGUGGACUCGGAAAGAAAUGCAGUGUCGAUGACUACAACGGUGAACUACGCUUUUGGGGGCGGCGUGCUGUCUCCUUCGACUGGAAUCGUGCUCAACAACGAGAUGGGCGAUUUCUCGAUACCAACCGAUGUGGGACCUGGAAAGCUCCCGCCUGCUCCGAGUAACUUCAUAAGGCCAAACAAGAGGCCGUUAUCAUCCAUGAGUCCCCUCAUAGUCCUCAAGGACAAUCAGUUAGCUGGGGUGAUUGGAGGCAGUGGUGGUUUGGACAUUAUUCCUGCAGUGGCUCAGGUUUUCAUCAAUCAUUUCAUUCUGGGAAUGGAACCUCUAAAAGCUGUUCAGAGUCCAAGAGUAUAUCACAAGUUAUUCCCGAACAUUGUCUCGUAUGAGAACUGGACAGUGAUAGAUGGCGAACACAUUGAGCUUUCGGAAGAGAGGAAGCGAUUCUUGAGGGAAAGGGGCCAUUGGCUGCAGGCCAAAGCAGGGGGUGCUAUUUGCCAGCUGGUGGUUCAGAAUCUUACGAAAUCGGUGGAUUUGGGGAGGAGAAAAUUGGGGAACGGUGGUAAUGUUUUCCGGGGCAUGCUGACUGCGGUCAGUGAUCCUCGAAAGGGCGGCUGCCCUGCAGCCGCAUAA